AUGGACAAAAAAGAGUUGACACCAACUGCUACCAGUAAUUCACCCUCAUCGUCUACUACAAAUAAACUCAAGAAACCAUCAUCAUCAUCCACAACUACUACCGAUACUGACAGCAGUGGGUCAACAGCAACAACCCCGAGCGGAAAUGCCAUGCUGCCUCAACGAGUUCUACAAAAUUUUCUCCUGAUCUGGCUUGAUUCAAGUUUGGACAAAUCCAAACAUGAUUUUAAAAAAUCAAUACAACAACUACGGUGUCUUGUAGCAUCCAUUGUAGUAUUUACAGAUACUCGCCAAUGCAUUAAUUUUCUCAAUGAAAUUAAAAAUGAAAAAGUUUUUAUGAUUCUAUCAGGCUCGCAGGGGCGCCGAUUAAAACCGAGAACUUAUGCAUUAUCACAAUUGGAUUCUGUUUAUAUUUUCUGUCACAAUCAAGCAACUCAUGAAGAAUGGGCUAACAAAAUAUCAAAGAUAAAAGGUAUAUACACACGAAUCAAACCAAUUUUCAAAGCACUACAAAUCGAUUGUGAACGAUGUGAUCAAGCUAUGAUCUCGAUCAGUUUUCGUGGCAUUGACCCGUUGUUUAUGUACACGCAAUUGUUUAAAGAAGUUUUUUUUGAAAUCCGUGAUGAUGACGAAAAAUCCAUUAAAGAAUUUGUUGAGUACUGUCGUAUUCAUGAUGAUAUUCCUGAAGACCAAAUUAAAAAGAUCGAACGAAAAUAUCAUCGCUAUUCAACCAUUUGGUGGUAUACAGCUCCAUAUUUUAUUUACUCGAUGCUUAAUCGAGGUCUCCGAUUACUCGAUGUCAACAUUAUACUCAAAAUGGGCUUCUUCAUUCGACACUUGCAUCGAGAUAUUGAAGAAUUACACCGUGAACAACAAUCCAUAACUACAACAGCAACAAAUCCCUUUCAAGUAUAUCGAGGUCAGGGUUUAUCUGUACAAGAUUUUGAAAAAAUGAAACAAACAAAAGGAGGACUAAUGUCUUUUAACAAUUUUCUUUUAACAAAUCGCAAUCGUAGAAUUUCACUGAAACGAUUUGCACGACCGGCAGCACUCAAUCCUAAUUCAGUUGGCAUACUCUUUGUUAUGACCAUCGAUCCGAUACUCUGUGCAAGAUCAUCGACUCCUUUUGUCGACAUUAAAAACGUCGGCUAUCACAAAGAUCAAGAGGAAGAAAUUCUUUUCUCAAUACAUACAAUUUUUCGCAUCGAUAAAAUUAAACGAAUCGAAGACAAGCAUACGAGACGCCUAUGGGAAUUAACAUUUCCACGAGACAUAGCUCUCGAUAGUCAACAAAAUUUAAUUAUAUCAGAUUCUGGGAAUUGGCGUAUACAAAAAUAUUAUACAAACAAUGGUACAAUUAUCACAUUAUUGGGAAAUAUAGUAGUAUAUAACGUAUUUAUAGAUCAGUAUGACAACAUUUACUAUGAUGACUACAGUAGUGUACAGAAAUUGAGUAAUCAUAGUUUAACAGUAACAACAACAACAGUAGCUGAAGAUAAUCGUACACAAGGUAAUAAAAAGAAUCAACUUAAUAAUCCUCAAGGUCUUUAUAUUGACCGAUUUGGAACUGUAUAUGAAUCAGAUAGUUGGAAUUAUCGUGUAAUUAAAUGGUUUGUAAAUGCAAGUGAAGGUAUUGUAGUUGCUGGUGGAAAUGGUCAAGAUGCAGAAGGAAAUCAAUUUUUUUUUGUCCUUGGGGAAUUAAAUUUGAUUCAUCAAAUUGGAAUUUAUUUGUAA